AGAUAGGCGGGCGGCGGCGGUGGCGGCGCUGAGCCCGUGGACACGUGACGGAGGUGAAGGCAGAGGAGGGGAAGGGAGGCCCGGGGAUAAGGCCGGGGGCGCGCGGGGUUGUGGCGGUUGGCGCUGUCGGGGGGCGCACGGCGAGAUCAUGGAGCUGAAAUGGCUACUGUGUGUGACACUGCUAGCUCUUGGAACUCUUGCUGUCCAGGCACAUGAUAUGGAAGAUGACAAUGAUGGUGAUGAUGUGGUUGAUAUUGAGGAUGACUUGGAUGAUGGCAUUGAGGAGGCAGAAGAGUCAAAGCCUGAAACUAGCGCUCCUCCUCCAGCUCCAAAGGUUACCUACAGGGCCCCUGUCCCAACAGGCGAAGUUUAUUUUGCAGAAAACUUUGAUAAAGGAAGUCUGGAUGGAUGGAUCCUUUCUAAAGCAAAGAAAGAUGAUACAGAUGAUGAGAUUGCCAAAUAUGAUGGUAAAUGGGAAGUCCAAGAUAUGAAGGACACUAAGCUUCCAGGAGACAAAGGGCUUGUACUGGUAACCCGAGCCAAACAUCAUGCAAUUUCAUCCAAACUUUCAAAGCCCUUUGUAUUUGAUACCAAGCCCCUUAUUGUGCAGUAUGAAGUAAACUUCCAAAAUGGGAUAGAGUGUGGUGGGGCCUAUGUGAAAUUGCUUUCAAAAACUCCUGAAUUGAACCUGGAUCAAUUCCAUGACAAAACUCCAUAUACAAUCAUGUUUGGCCCUGAUAAAUGUGGAGAGGACUAUAAAUUGCACUUCAUCUUUCGGCACAAGAACCCAAAGACUGGUAAAUAUGAGGAAAAGCAUGCAAAGCGUCCUGAUGCAGACCUGAAGACCUACUUUACUGAUAAGAAGACCCACCUUUACACGCUGGUCUUGAAUCCUGAUAAUAGUUUUGAAAUACUGGUUGAUCAAACGGUUGUCAACAGUGGGAAUCUGUUAAAUGAUAUGACUCCUCCUGUGAAUCCACCCCGAGAGAUUGAGGACCCAAAUGACCAGAAGCCUGAGGACUGGGAUGAGAGACCAAAAAUUCCAGACCCAGAUGCUGUUAAACCAGAUGACUGGGAUGAAGAUGCUCCUGCAAAGAUUUCUGAUGAAAAUGCUGUGAAACCAGAAGGUUGGUUGGAUGAUGAACCAGAAUAUGUAGCAGACCCUGAUGCUGAGAAGCCAGAGGAUUGGGAUGAGGAUAUGGAUGGUGAAUGGGAGGCACCUCAGAUUGCAAAUCCUAAAUGUGAGUCAGCCCCUGGCUGUGGUACCUGGCAGCGACCUAUGAUUGACAAUCCAAACUACAAAGGCAAAUGGAAGCCUCCUAUGAUUGAUAACGUGAACUAUCAGGGCAUAUGGAAACCCAGGAAGAUCCCAAAUCCAGAUUUCUUUGAAGAUUUGGAACCUUUCAAGAUGACUCCCUUUACUGCUGUGGGACUUGAGCUAUGGUCAAUGACUUCUGACAUCUUUUUUGACAAUUUUAUUAUCUGUACUGAAAGAGCUGUGGCUGAUGAUUGGGCCAGUGAUGGAUGGGGACUGAAAAAGGCAGCUGAUGGUGCUGCUGAGCCUGGUGUUGUGGGCCAGAUGAUGGCAGCUGCUGAAGAGCGUCCCUGGCUCUGGGUAGUCUACAUCCUCACUGUGGCUUUGCCAGUGUUCCUUGUUGUCCUUUUCUGCUGCUCUGGGAAGAAGCAGCCAAGUGCUGCAGAAUACAAAAAGACAGAUGCUCCUCAACCUGAUGUGAUGAAUCCAGAGAAGGAGGAAGAAAAAGACAAAGGGGACAAAGAGGAGGAGGAGGAAGAAGAAACAAAUGAGGAAAAGCUAGAAGAGAAACAGAAAAGUGAUGCUGAUGUAGGAAGUGCCAGUCAAGAGGAAGAGGAGGAAGAGGAGGAGGAGGAAGACAAGAAACCUGCAUUAGAGGAGGAGGAGACUGUGAAUAGAUCACCCAGAAACAGAAAGCCAAGAAAAGAUUGAAAAAAUAAUAAUCAUAAGAACUUGAUCUGUAAUUUUUUUCCAAACUUGGUUCUGGGAGAGGACCUUGGACACCUUACAUUGAAACUUGGACAAACCUCAAGAUCUCACCAUCCACAGGUUCCAGUUACACUAUCCAAUGUAAUGGAGUGUCUAGCAGUAAAAUUUUUGCAAUCAUCUGUUUUAAAAGAACAUCAUUCCUGUAGAAAGAAUGCAUUUAAUAUAAUGGGCUGUGGAUUUUGGAAUGUAACAUAACUAACCUUUUCAUUUUGGUUUUAAAUACUCUUUUUUUGUUGUUUGUUUUUAAGUAGAUUGGUAGAACUUUGCCAGUCUCAAACCAUGGCUUAAUUUAAUAUAUUAAUUAGUGAAAAAUAACAAUGAAUCUUGAAAAUGCUAGAUGUUAAAAAUGCAGUUUUGUAACUAGCUUUUUUUACAAACAUGUAAAUUCCUAAAUGCACCAGUGUCUUUAUCCCUUAAAAUUUGAUAAUUAUGCUUAAAGUUGUCAAUGUAGCUGGCAACCCCUCUUCCCUCAAGGAAAAAAGUUAACUGGGAGCAGGGUGGGAUGUGUGGAAAAACUAGUAGUUAAACUUUGUAAUCAACUCCCUCCUUUGAGGGAGGGGGAAGAGGAAGGGGUGGAAGGAGGGGGUUAGCCAGUUUUAUGGAAUAUGAACAUUGUCCAUGGCUAAAGCCGACUUAAGUGUUACCAAAUGGUCUAGGAUUUGGAGUAGGUCAUCUUAAUGUGGCAUUUAAUCCUGCAGAAAUUGGAUUUUGUUAGUCCUUGACCCUUCUCAAAGCUAAAGGGUUAUUGGGGUGUCUAGACUAUUUUUCCUUUCCCCCUCUGUUCAGCCACUGAUGCUCUCCUUUCUCUGUGACUAUACAGCUUUUUUCUGAGCACAGCUUUGCCUCAAUUGCUGAAGUGCUUCAUGUUCAGCUCGUUGUCAAACUUUUUAUAGCUAGGCCUACUCCUUUCCAGGGUCCAAACACUGGAUAGGACAGUGUCCCAUAUCCUCUCACUGCUAUCACUGUAUGUCUACUCCUGUAGAAACAGGAGAGGUGGUCAGAUUCACAAGUUGAACUGAAAAUCUUUAAGAAAAAACAAAAAUGUCAGUAUUUGUAGGUGGGGAAGGAGCAUGUGGAAUAUCUUAUCUGGUAUGUGAAACUAUUCAAGUCUUUUAUCUGCUAUUCAUGUAACAAAUGCAUCCUAAAUUAUAUUGUGAAUGUUAGGGAGUUCCAAUUCCAGCUGAAUAAAUUUUCUAAGUGUUGAGUCUACAAUAUUACACUGUUUCAAACACUUUUUUGUGGAAUGCAGGUGAUCACUACAAGAGCAUACCUCUGAGGGUGAAAUCUAUGUAACUUCAUUACACUGUACCAAAUAUGUUGGAGUUUGGACGUCUAUAUAGAUAAGCUUUUGCCUUUGUUUAGAGUGAAUUAAAUGUCCUAAAAUUACUCUUGCACUGAAUAUAAACACUCCAGUGUUGUUUGGGCUAGGUCAUAGGUACCAUGUGGGGAAUAAUUCCCAGGGGUGGGGGAGGAAAGUGUUCUAAUUACCUUGCAAACAAUCUAACCAGUUACUAAAAGAUUCUUGUUUUGGGGUUUCCUUUUUUUUGUGAAACACCUUUUGCUGCCUGUCCUUAUGUUGUAUCCUUUCGUUGUUGUGUUGGAAAUACUAGAGACCACAAAUGCAUAGCAGGAUUUCUUGCUUUUUCUGCAGUGUGCAAAUAAACCAUUGUAAGCAAGAUACUGGAAGUAAUUUCAGACUUCUAUUGGGAGCUAUUGCAUGUCUAGAAUGCCUUUGCCUGUUGAACACCUGGUAGAUACUGCUCCUUACUGCCAAAAUAGCUUAUACUCUGACAUGGAAGAUGUCAUAGCUUAAGCAUUGCUACUAGCUUGUUCUCAGGACUGUAUUUUUAUCAAGGAGCAGCUGCUAUUUACGACUCUCAGUCCUUUGAGAUGAAGUAUAUGUAAAUGGUUUCAAGUCAGCUAACAAUUCUGAGCACAACAUAAAACUGUUAAUCUAAUCAGUAUUUUUAUCUUAAUAUGCAAAUUGCCUUAAAUUCCUGGACAGUUCUUGUGCAUACAUGUUCUUUCAAAGCAUCAAAAAUGAACUUAAGAUCUGCUAUCAGCUUUUAAGUAGUUUUAUAGUAAAGCUAACUGUGAAUCUACAUUUGCUUCUGCUAGAUCUCCUGAAAAGGUCUGUCUGCAUGUUAUGGCUUUUUUGAUACCUUAGUGUAUGCUUCUUGAGUAAUCACUACAAUAAAUGAAGACUUUCCAAAGUGGAUAGACAACUUAAAGGUUAAUUUUUUAUCCUACCUUCUCACUUGGGUGACUCAAUUUAACAUUAGAAUCACUUAGCUAGUUUUUUGCCAAGGCUUUAAAAAAAAAAAAAAAAAAAAAAGCCUGUAAAGCAUUUCGGUGUUUUCCAAGUACUGAAGCUCUACUUGGUCGCUACCCAUGAACUAGGUUCAAACCACCUUCAAAUAGCUGAAGAUGGGCUGGGUGGGGGUGUGCAUGUACAUGCUACAGCUGCUGGAGAGGAUGAACUCCACAAGCUGAACUUGUGAUGUCUGAGGACCAGAGUGAGGGAGGGGUUUUAGACUAAGACUGUUGAAGAAACCAAACAUACAAGUGCUUACAGGCAGUUAGAGGCCUGGAAUAGAGGAGACUAGAAAUGCUGAAGCCUUCUUUUUUUGUCCUCAGUGAAGGAAGUUGGGACAGACACAGCUAAUCUUCCGUAGAAAUGUAAUUGAACAUGAACCAGCCUUCUGCUAUGAUAAUAUUGAAUCAUCAUAGCUCAAGGACAGGGGCUGUAAAAUGCACUGAGGAUCCUUGCAGGUGCCAAGUGCUCAUAGAGGUAUCAGUGGUUGUCUCUUACUUUCUGUACUCCUUCCUCAAAUGCAGUGCUCUGCUUACCUGGCACUAGUGCCCGUGGGGCUGGUGAUGAGAGUCUCUGCACCCCCAAGGCUUCCCCAGUAAUCUGUAAUUGCCAGUAUUGCUUCAAGGUUUCCAAAAGAAACAGGACAAACCCCGUAGUGUUCCUGAACAAGGACUGUGACUUCUUUUGUGCAAAAGACCUGUCCAUUUCAAAAAGGUAACUGUAGAUGCCGUAUGCAUAUAUUAAAACCUGAAUAAAUUAUAAUGUAAAGUUAAUCAAUAAAGAAACUUAAAUCUC